AUGUUUUCACAUCAAAUAUCUGUUUUUCACGAUAAUAUAGUCAUUGAUUCCAAUACAAUAUAUGCUGCUAAAACAAACCGAGUCGGAAAUUUUAUCGAUGUUGGAACAGUUUAUUGCUGUCCAAAAUUUUUACAAGAUGAGCUCAGUAUUUAUGCUCUAAGAAACAGUCAAACUUCUUCAGCUGAAUCAGAAUUUUCAUAUGGUUGGAGUAAACUGGUAGGGGAACAUGAGUUAAAACUAGUGCAAUCCGAUGGCUUCAAUGUUGGUUUACUACGUCUUCAUAAUGUUUAUGGUCCUUACAGUGACUAUACCGCUACAACUGGACAAGUUAUUCCAUCAUUGAUAAGAAAAGCAUUAAAGUUUGAAAACGAGAAUUUCACAGUCUGGGGAUCAGGCAAACAAUAUCGAGAUUUUAUUUACGUUGAUGAUGUAGUCGACAGUUUGCUUUUAAUACUCGACAAAGGAAUGAACAAAGGAGUUAUACAAAUAGGUAGUGGAAAAGCGACAACGAUUAACAAAGUAGCUAGCAUUGUCAAUAUGCUUGCAGAAGCUAAGUUUCAGAGCAAAAUGGACAUUGUAUUUGAUAAUUUACAACCAGAAGAUGAUAAAGGUAAAAUUGCUGUUCUUCAUCGUGCUAGUAAUAUAUUAGGAUGGAAACCUACAGUUAGAAUAGAAGAUGGCAUUUCAGAAACCAUGUCCUGGAUGAAAGAACACCAAGAAAAGACACGAGUAUUAGUGAUUAUAAUUGGACAAGCUCGUGGUGGCGAUCUAUCUUGGAAAUCUCUUCAUAAAUUUCUUCUUCGUCCUCUACAAGCGCAUUUAGCGCUCUAUCUCGCGAACGCAGAAAAAAGAACACUUUUGCACGAUCUAGCUCAAUAUAUUUGGACAAUACCUAGUUAUCCUUAUUGGGAUGGCAUCUUUGAAAAGGCAGCAGAAACAUGUAACACAGAUGAAGUAAAAGAUAAAUGGAGAAACUACUGUCAAAUUCCAGGAAUAUUUAUGGGUGGAAUUUCGAACUGUUCACAUCCUGCAUCUUCAGGAAUGUUACUUGCCUUGAGGUGGCUUGUACAACAAAAAAUUUAUGAAUUUGAUUUACUUAAAAUCUAUGACUGGUUUAUUUUAACUAGAGCUGAUGAACUUUACUUAUGCAAUCAUCAUAACUUUUUAAACAUGAACAAAAAUCAUUUAUUACUACCACCUGGAGAGUAUUAUGGGGGAUGAAUUGGUGAUGUUAUUAUUAAAUGUUCACGAUCUGUUUCAUCAUUUGCAAUCUCGAUAGCUUUAGAUCAUAAAAAACGUUUAAAUUUUCGUAUUGGAAAUUUUUUUAGGCAAAUACAGAAGGCAAAAUAA